GUGUGCUCAAGUAUCAUAUGCAGUGCCAAGAGCGUGUAUUUCAGAUUGAGCUCAUGAUUACUGUACUGACAUAUUCCCAUGUCCUGUACAAAAUAAGCUGCUACAUACAGUCUUCUCAGGUGGAUUACAGUUAAGAAGAGUUUCUACAUUUUUAAGAAUAUCUCUGAAACAACACCAUGAAGGAAUAUUUGCUUUUCUAUUUUCUGGCUUUGUGCUACGCUAAGCCAUUUAUUUUACCUCCAAAGUACAUGGCACUGACUGACCUCAUGUUAAAAGAUAUGGAAGAUGACGACGAUGACGACGAUGACAAUGAUGAUGAUGAUAAUUCAUUGUUUCCAUUUAAAAAGAAUCUACCAUUUCGACCUACGCCCCCUCCAUUUGAUUUAUUUCCAUCAUGUCCAUUUGGAUGUCAGUGUUACUUAAAAAUUGUUCAGUGCUCUGACCUUGGUUUGACCUCCAUACCAAAUAAAAUCCCAUAUGACACUCGACUAUUAGACCUUCAAAACAACAAAAUAAAGGAGAUCAAAGAAAAAGAUCUGCAAGGCCUCACAUCUCUUUCUGCUUUGUUUCUCAACAACAAUAAACUAUACAAGGUGCAUCCAAAGGCAUUCCAGUCUACAAAGAAGCUGCGACGGUUGUACUUGUCCCAUAAUCAGCUCACAGAAAUACCAUCCAACCUUCCAAAAUCAUUGGCAGAGAUCAGAAUCCACGACAACAAAGUUAAAAAAGUACAAAAGGAAGCAUUUAAAGGCAUUCAUUCAUUACAUGUUUUAGAAAUGAGUGCAAAUCCACUGGAAAGUGAAGGAAUAGAACCUGGAGCAUUUGAUGGACUGACUGUGUUCCACAUUAGGAUUGCAGAUGCCAAACUAACAUCAAUACCUAAAGAUUUACCAACAUCAAUCUAUCAGCUCCACCUUGACCACAACAAAAUUUCAGGAAUUGAACUUGAGGAUUUGUUACGAUACAAAGAGCUUCAGAGACUUGGUUUAGGACACAAUAAAAUAAAAGAUGUUGAAAAUGGAAGUUUUGCUAGCAUACCAAAUGUACGAGAAAUUCACUUGGAGAACAACAAACUUAGGAGAGUGCCACCUGGGCUGGCAGAUUUAAAAUAUCUACAGGUAUUGUUUCUUCACUCCAAUAAUAUUGGAAAAGUAGAUGUGAAUGAUUUUUGCCCCACAGGACUCAAGUUGAAAAAGUCUCUGUACAGUGGUAUAAGCCUUUUCAAGAAUCCAGUAAAAUACUGGGAGGUUCAACCAGCAACAUUCCGCUGCACACUGGGAAGAAACAGUGUACAUCUUGGAAAUUUCCGAAAGUAGCCAGAAAUAUUAAAUAUUAUCAUCACUUCAACCGCUUUGUCGUUUGACACAAGGGCCGUACUAAUGAGGCAUGUGUUUACAAGACAUUUGCAUGUAUCCAUACCCCCCCCCACACACACUUAUUUUUAAAUACUUGAAAUCUGGUUUAUAAGAAGAAAAUCUACUCGCCAACAGGUGUAUCUAUAACUACAAUUUUAUACACAGUGAUAGCUAAAUAUUCUGCAGCAGCUGAGCAGGCUGAAAGUUGUUUCACAAUUGGUGCUAACUAAAAAACAAACCGUCAUGUUUUAUGUUUUUCAUAGUUAAAUGUAUUAUUAUUAGUUUUAUGUAUUAUUUGUAAAGACUACAAACCUCAAACGCUCCUAAUUAGAUACCAAAUGUAUUAAAGCCAUUGAACAACUUAUUAAGAAAAAAACAUUUCUAUUUGUUGUAUCUAUAGUUUCAUAUUAUUGCUACUGAAACUUUGCUGCAUUAACUUGGUAAAAAUUGAUAUACAUAUGUUUUUUUUAAAUAAACACACAUUUAAUCU